UGUCAUAUUCUUGUCAUUUCUUUCUUUCAGUGAACAAACCUGUGAAGACAAGAUGAUACAGAACAAGAUUCAACUCGUUGUUUUUCUCGCAGGAAUCCUGUCCAAGGUUUCAUGUGAUCUGUAUCAAAUCGUCCUGAUCCAAGAGCCAAAGACCUGGACAGAAGCGCAAUCCUACUGCAGAGAGAAAUACACAGAUCUGGCAACGGUUCAGAGCGAUGAAGACAGAGCCAAACUAAAGGAGGCAGCAAACGCUGUGAACUUUCUGUCUGUGGCCUGGAUCGGUUUCUACAGAGAGGUUUGGCAUUGGUCGUAUCAAAACACACCGAUCAGCUAUGUGACGUGGGAUACUAAUAAUCCAAACUCGCCCAACACAGAUGAGGCCUGUGUGGUUGUAAAAACCAGCACACAAUGGGCUGACAGAGACUGCACUGAGCCACAUGGCUUCUUUUGCCAAACUGACAAACAGGACACACUUCAGAACAAGUUUAAAUACAUUGGAACGAGCAUGACCUGGUAUAAUGCUCAAAUUUACUGUAGAAAAAACUACGUAGACCUGGCCACCAUUACAGACGACACAGAGAACAUGUUCCUCGUAAACAUGCUUUCUAACAUGGGCCUCAGUGAUGCUUGGAUCGGCCUCCUGAUGAUGUGA